UCGACCCUGUCCCGGGACACAGAAUUGACCGUGAAAUUGACCCAGAAUUACUCGCGUGGAAAGUUAAUUGACCGCGUGGCUUGACAUCCUCCCAAUUAUCGGGCUCGUGUCAUCGCUCAUCGAGACGUGAGGAUUUCUUUGGGAGUGGUCGUGGGUGAUGCGAACGUCGACAUUGCCGAAUUGUCAAUCCGAUAACGAGACACGUGGAGGUCCUUUGCCCCGCGCGAGUCCUGAGCGCGACUUUAAGGACCUCUGGGAAGGGUCCACGAAUGUGCGCCCAGAGCAGGUUUCUUUCAACCCGUGGGAAAGGAAUCCUGAAAUUAUUUCGAUCACUUCCGAGAAGGAAGUCGAUUAGAAUGGUGUACGUGUCCGGCGCAAUUAAAUAAGGGUGUCUGAAGAUAACACCGUGACUCAGAGAUAUCCCAACCGCUCAUUGGCGAUCUUGACCACUUUGCGAGGAGGAUCGACCAUUUCUCAGGAAAAUGGCGAUCGCGAAGAUCAAGAAUUUCAUCGACAGCAGUAUUAAGUCGGUCUCGACCCCUUUGGAGCGCACGGUGAAUUUGGAGCCAGAAGUCGGAAUCAAAAUAAAUCACUCGAUCAAUGAGAAGGCGCUCUUCGUGACGGUAAUUGGAGCCAGACAUUUGCCCCAAAAUUUUGGCUUCACCAGGGUCAACAGCUACCUCGUCAAGGUGAAGCUCAUCCCAGGAAAGGAGAAGUUCGAGACGACGACGAAGAACGAGUCCUGGCCACAUUGGAACGAGGAGUUCAAGUUCUCCCUGAGGAAGGAGACCAAGUCGAAAUUCGGGAAGACCAAGGUCGUCGAGGAAGAGAUCGGCGCUUCGAGGUUCAUCGUGGCGACGCUUUACGCGAUUUUGGAGGAUAAACCGCUGAUAGCGACCGAGAGGAAGGAGGCUGAGAAGGAGAAGGCCAAGGGAGAGGCCUUGAAGAAGGAUGGAAAGCGGAAGGACUCGCAGAGCGCGGCUUCGGGCUCGCAGGAGACCACGAAGAGCAAACUCUUGGGCCAGUUUUUUGGAAAGGGGACCGACAAGGUCGGCGACGGUACCGGGGUCGAGAGGAGGGAAAGAAUGGACAAGCGAAGGACCAUCGGGGCCACCACGAUACCUCUGGAUCCGAAGAACUUCACGGCGAAACCGACGAAACCUAAACACUCCAGCGACGUCUCCACUGGAGAACUUUGGAGAACGCUCAGGCCGAUUUCCAGCGGAAUUUCUGGGGCCGAGGAGAGAAGGGAGAACAAGAAGGGCCAGGUCGAGGUCUUGCUCUGCCAGGAGAAGAGCGACAAAAAGGACGGAGCUGGUCGGCUGGUCUUGACUUUGCAGCGUUUGAGGUGUUCUUUGCAAACGAUGCACGAGCACGAGGUCCUCAAGGGCCAGCUUUAUAUCAAGAUGUCCGUCGUGGAUGGUGGGAGGGUCACUCACUUCUGGAAGAGCGACCGGUUCGCCCCUACCAUAUCCAUGAAGUUCAAUCCUGAGAUGGCGAAGGUGGUCGCGGACAACCCUUACGAGGGCGCUCUAAGUACCGUCAGCUUUGUCGUCAAGUUUGUCUCGAAAAAUAAAAUGGGGAAGAAGACUACCGUGGGCCAUUUUGUUAUCGGACCUGAUGUCGUCGGGGCUUAUGGAGAACAAUGGAAACAGGCUCUAGCGAAACCUGGACAGCAGGUCACCAAAUGGCAGUCUUUUGAGUGAAGAUGAAAGAGAGUUUUGGGGCUGCUAUGUAAUUUUAAGUUUCUGCGUCGGACGUAGCUCAAUGUCAGAAAAUGCUUUAGAGGAAUGUUGUUCGGUACUUUGUGUCGAGUGAUUCGAGUAAGAGCGAUUUUUAGUAUUACGUUGGAUUUAAGCGGAACAUUGAAACGAAUGGAUACGCUGUAGUGGCGAGCGAAAGACAUCACACGUUGAAAUUUUAUUUUUUGAACUUUUAUGACUAAGCGAUUUGUAAUGAUUUUUUAGAGGUUUUUUUCGGAGUCGUAUUGUCACAGUUCUUGGACACAAAUGGCGGGUAAUUGUUCUAAUUGUCACUCAAUUACAGGACACGGGUUAACGCCCUUCUGUUCCAGAUCUUCGAAGAGAUUAACCGUCCUUUAAUUAGCUUUACAAGUGAAUCAAGCGAUCGCACUUUAUCGUUAAGCGCGAAAUCAAAAAUGUAAAGGGUUUUAUUUGUCGCCAAUUCUUGUCUAGUGUCAUAACAAUCUCUAAUCAUUAAUUGUUUCCAAGAUCGCGACCUUUUGAAGACUGCACGUCGAGUGAAUGUGAAUUUUUACUACUUGCAAGGGAGGAAAAAUGCCAUUGCAACAAUUGCACCAAGAACAGAUAAAUAUUAAUAUAUAAAGUAUACUCAUACUUAGCAGUUAGUGAGAGCGAAUGCGUGUACAUAUGUAUACUGUUCAAAAGAAUGAUAUUCUUAGAUAAGACACGAAGAAGGAAGAUUGUCCAUUGUGCCAUUGGGAGAUUUUAUACAUUUGAGGGCAAAAAAUAACACCGGUAUUGUGGUAGUAUUAACAGAAGACCAUAAAAUUUAAUUGUUUAAUAUUUGUGUUGAGGAAACGGAGGUAUUUCUUUCAGCAUCGACUAUUAUUGAGUUCGCCUCUUAUCGCAGCUGCCGAAUGGCUUGUUACAGUACUACUUUGUAUAACACGUAUUAACAAUUCCCCUAUUUUAUAAAAGACUUCAAAGGUAUUAAUAAAAAGAAUCUGUCCCCUUGAA